AUGUUUUCUCAGAAGAAACCAUACUCGGCUGUCACCGUCACCGUCGAACGCCUCACCAGCGAGCAGUACGAGGAAGAUGACUUGAGCGGUAUCCCAGACCUUGUUGAGGUCAUUAAGUUGCAAGCCUCUGGCCCUGCGGAAGCUGCUCGCGCGUUGAGAAAGAAGUUGAAGUAUGGAAACGUUCACCGGCAAAUCAGAGCACUAGUUCUCCUGGAUGGCUUGAUCCAGAAUGCAGGGCCUCGCUUCCAGCGAACCUUCAUCGAUGAGCCGUUGCUUGAGCGCCUCAGGGUAUGCGGCACUUCAGACCUAUCAGAUGCAGAUGUCAAGAAGAAGUGCUCUGAGCUCUUCCGAAGUUGGGCCGCCGAGUACAAUUCUACUCCAGGCCUUGAACGCAUUUCCGUGCUGUACAAGGAACUGCCACGACGCAAACAAGUCGUUACUCAGGCGAAGUCUAAGGUCCUUCGUGAGACUGAGCAGGACCCCUUCCGUGACUCCGAGGACGAAGCAGAGCGUCCCCCAGCAUCGCCGCCGGCUGCACAGGCUUCAUCAUCUCGACCACCACCAGUGAGCUAUCCGCAGCCCGCGCAAACGGUCCAGUCCUUCAGCCACGUCAAGUCCCCCUCGACUUCUGGCUCGUUCUUCUCUAGUUCGUCAAAGGGUAAGAAGAAGAAGGACAAGGAUAAGCAGAAGAAGAAAUCUAGGCCCUUCAAGCUGGAAGCCGAGAAGGAUGCUAUGAAGGUCUCGAUAGCUGAAUCGUCCAUCGCCGCUACCAAUCUGAGUAACGCACUGCAAAGCAUCAAUCGCGAGCGGGAGAGGAUUUCCGAGAAUGCUGCCGCUGUACAGCAAUUCGAGAUUUGCAAGAAGCUCAGAAGGAAGGUCCUGCGCUACAUCUACCACGUCGAAGAUGAGCAGUGGCUGGGAAGUCUUCUUCAUGCCAACGACGAACUCGUCAUGGCACUGAUGACAUAUGAGCAACUCGAUCGGUCUAUCGAUGCUGAUAGUGAUUCUGAAGAUGAGAUGGCAGAGCAAGCCCACCUAUACAGAAUGGCCACCGAGAAGAACAAGCAGCCUAUGUCACCAACAGGCUCAGCCAGUCCCACGGGCUCCGUGCCCAAUAUGGCCGGGCUCAACAUCAACCCGAGCCCACCGGCUCGCCCGAUGCCCCCUCCUCGACCAUCUGCCUUGUCCAAACCAGGCAUGCCUUCCCGUCCAGUCCCUCAGCCCGCUCAGGAUGAUGACGAUGAUGACUCUAUCGUUGAUGAGGACGAGAACGACCCCUUUGCCGACCGCAAUGCCCUUGCGACACCGAGAGUGGAAAGGGGCGAGCCUAAGUGGUGA